AUUAUUUAGAGUAAGUUUGCUUGCAGGCGCAGUUUUGUAUAUUGAUGAUAUUGAUGAUAGUACAACACUGCUCAGUGCUCAAUAUUCGCCGGUAUUUGCUUUGUCAUGUUUCGGCCAAACAAUGUUUUCAUUGUGUUGUACUCCGGUUUGAUGUAAUAAAUUUAACGGUAAUUUUCAUGUGAAAAAGAUGGAGCUAUAUAAAGUCGUGGCCAUAACGUUGGUAUGGGGAUGCAUUGCCAAUAACAUGUUUUUAGAAGCGAUAAUGAGAGAGGUUCCAAGUUCUGGGAAUAUAAUCACCUUUACUCAGUUUGUCUUCACUGCUGCCUUUGGAUUCAUAUUUACCACAAAGUUUUUAACAGUGAAACCAGUCAUUCCUAUAGGACGAUAUUGUACAAUGGUAUCAUAUUUCAUUGUUGCAAGUUUGUUAAAUAACAUUGCUCCCAAUUUCCACAUCCCAAUGCCACUCCAUAUGAUAUUUAGAUCAGGUUCUCUUGUGUCCAGUUUGAUAUUGGGCAUCUUAAUAUUAAACAAGAGUUACAAUCGUAGCACAUAUUUGUCUGUGGUGAUGAUUACAAUUGGAAUCUGCAUUGCAACAAUUAUGUCAGCAAAGAGUCUGAAUGAAAAUAGUCUCUCUGGUUCAUCUGGUGAUAGUACCUUGGAUAUUAUGUGGAUGGCUGUGGGAGUUGUGAUGCUUAUUUUAGCACUUGUGAUCACAUCAAGACUUGGAGUUUUUCAGGAAGUGCUUUACAAGGAAUAUGGAAAGCAUCCUAAUGAAGCACUUUUUUAUUCACAUUUCUUGCCGUUACCCGUGUUUUUGUUGCUCAUUGGAGACAUCCAUAGACAUGUGUUGAUUUACAAUAAAUCUGAAUAUUUUGCUUACAAAGAUUACCACGUGCAAAUUCCAAGACUAUGGUUUUAUAUUGUGGGCAACUGCAUCUCUCAAUUCAUUUGCAUACGGAGCGUUUUUGUGCUGACGACCGAGUUUUCAUCUCUCACGGUGACGUUGGUCGUAACGCUACGGAAGUUUGUGAGUUUAUUGAUUUCGAUAUUUUUCUUUAAGAAUCCUUUCACGAAGUACCAUUGGAUUGCAACCUUUCUCGUGUUUGGCGGCACGUUUCUAUUUCUCGACUUACAUAAUAAAUUCUUAGAAGUUUUCGCGUUAAGAAAAGAAACUGAAAAAAAGGAACGAUAGAAAGAGAAAGGGAAAGACUUUGUUAUUGCCUGAAUAUAAUUUUAUCUUAUGUCACAUGUCUCGUGUUGAAAAACACGCGCCUUGCGCUCCAAUGAUUUUAAAACUUUGUUGAUAAUGUUAAA